AUGACAGAAGUAUCUGGUGAUCAAAAGAAACAAUAUGUCCUUGUACCAGGUGGUGCUGGUUUUAUUGGUAGUCAUUGUGUUAUUGAACUUGUUACAGCUGGUUAUACACCAAUUGCAGUAGAUAAUGAAUGUAAUUCAUCAAGAGAAUGUUUGAAACGAGUUGAACAAAUUACUGGAUGUAAAAUAAUCAGUUAUAAAAUUGAUUGUCUUGAUCUUGAAAGUUUACGAGAUAUUUUUAAAAAAUAUCCAAUUUAUGCAAUUAUCAAUUGUGCUGCACUUAAAUCUGUUGGUGAAUCAGUACAAAAACCAAUUUUAUACUAUAAAAAUAAUAUCGGUUGUUUACUUAAUUUACUCACGUGUAUGGAAGAAUUUAAUGUUAAAAAUUUUCUUUUUUCAUCAUCAGCUACUGUUUAUGGUACACCAAAAUAUUUACCACUGGAUGAAAAACAUCCAUGUAUUGGUGAUGCUAUUACUAAUCCAUAUGGUAAAAGUAAAUAUAUUUGUGAACAUAUUCUUAAAGAUACAAUGGUUGCUCAUCCUGAAUGGAAUAUAAUUCUUUUACGUUAUUUUAAUCCAGUUGGCGCUCAUAAAACAGGUUUAAUUGGUGAAAAUCCUAUUGGUAAACCAAAUAAUCUUAUGCCAUAUAUUGCACAAGUGGUUGUUGGUCGUUUACCAUAUGUUAAUAUUUUUGGUACUGAUUAUAAUACUCCAGAUGGGACAGGUGUUCGAGAUUAUAUACAUGUUGUUGAUGUAGCUAUGGGUCAUAUUGCAGCAAUGAAACAGUUUGAAAUAAAUUGUGGUUUAAAGAUUUAUAAUCUUGGUACUGGUAAAGGUUAUUCUGUACGAGAAAUGAUUAAAGCAUUAGAAAAAGCAUCAGGCAAAACAAUACCUUAUAAAGAAUGUUCUCGACGUUCAGGUGAUCUUGCAACUGUUUAUGCCGAUCCAACACUAGCAGCUCAAGAACUUGGAUGGACAGCUCAACGAAAUUUAGAUGAAAUGUGCGAAGAUUUAUGGCGUUGGCAGUCAAAUAAUCCGAAUGGAUUUCAAUAG